AUGGCCGAAAAUACAGGGAGCCAGAGUGGUCAUGGCUAUGAUCCGAAUGGCGGCUGGGAUGUGAACAGCGGCGACAACUCGAAACCACGUCCUAGUUUUUCGGAAUACCUGAAUUUUGAUGAUGACGGAGACACGACUGAGGAAGAUAUGGAGCUGUUUAGCGAUAAAUACGUGGGCAGACUGGGUAAUGGAGACCUGGGAGACGACGAGCUGAAUGCUGCUCUGGAAGCAAUGAAUUUAGAUGGCUCGGAGCAUGGUCUCCAUACUCACCAAAACCAGUUUGCUAGACCAGGUGCUGGGGUGUAUGGGUCUCAAGAAGGGUCUCUAGAGAACUCACUGGUGCUGGAGCAAAGCUCUGGUAACGAGGUGAAUAUGCCCGUUAUGGGCAGUUUUCAGCCACGACAAGAACAAGAUACACUUGGCAGUUUUAACGAUAAUUUUGGCGACAGCCAGGAUAGAGAAAGAGUGAACUUGAGACCGGUCAUUCUGCCUCCUCCGUCUUCUGAGCUGUAUAAUGUACGAGAUCCGUUUUCACGAGAUGCUUUUACACCAGAAGCAGCGUCGAGAGAGAGCACUUUUGAGACGUCUGUCGAUAGUACAGUUGAUUCUACUCUUGAGACUAGUGUUGAUACCAGUGUUGCUGAUGUUAAAAGUGACCCUCUUCCAAGUACUAAGUUGGCUGAGUCUACUGUUCGUGAGACUAUCAAUACAGAACCUCAAAUAGAACGCCGAACAGAAGAAAAGUUAAAGGAUCCAGGUGCGGAAACUGGCGAGUCUGGCUCUGGCGAACUUCCAACUACUCCAAAGAACAAGCUUAUAGACGCACCAAUAGCCCUACCAGAUGAUACAGAUUUAUCCGAGUUCAAUUCUGCCUUUGCUCAGCUUAAAAUUGGGCAGGAUGCCAUUAGUAGUUCGACAGAAAAGAAAACGCUUAUUCUGCUCAGUCCCUUGUCGUAUAAACAUGUUUUUUCCAGGAACUGGGUGAAGAAGAGCUAUUUAGACUCCAUUGUCGAACGACCAGAACGAUUAAUGGCUGCUUCGCUAGGAAUUGGAACUGCUAUAGCCAAAUCUCCUACGAAAUACACAGUCCAAGUGUCGGACAGACGAAGCGAUCUUCGUCAGGCAUCUCAUGUCAGUAUAGUACACGGAUCCAAAUGGGCCAAGAGAUUAUACCAACUGUGUAAUGACAGUGUGGAAAAGCUGAAAAACGGGGAUGUAGAAGUACCAGGGGACUGGCAUGAAGGAGAUAUUUAUUUAACAGGGGAGACUAUAGACGCUUUAGAGGGGGUAGUGGCAGUGAGUGAAACGGCAGUGGAUAAAAUAUACGCGGAAGGUGAGUCAAAAGUGUUUGUGUCGAUAAGACCGCCAGGGCACCAUUCACAUCCAUGUGUACCAUCAGGGUUUUGUUUGAUAAACAACGUUCACAUUGCCAUUCAGUAUGCCCGAGCCAAGUAUGGUAUCACACAUGCAGUGAUUCUCGAUUUUGAUCUUCAUCAUGGCGAUGGCAGCCAGGAUAUUUGCUGGAAACUGUCUGGUCUAGACGAUGACGAGGAAGAGAACGAGGAAGCAGACAGUGAAAAUGAGCAACACCAAGAAAACCAGUCGAAUAGUAACGAACACAGUGAACCAACAGUCAAAACAGAACAGACUCCUUCAUCCACCACUCCUGCCGAGUCACUACAAACAUCGACACCAACAUCGUCUUCACAGGACAACGAAAGUCCCAGUAAAUCACCUCGGAAAAAGGGCAAGAAAACGUCACAUCCACCACCUCCACCGCCACCACCUCCAUUAUCAAUAGGAUACUUUAGUUUGCACGAUAUCAACUCAUUUCCGACUGAAUUUGGCUAUGCCACAGCAGAAAACAUCAAAAACGCAUCGGUGUGCGUCAUGGCCCAUGGUAUGUGUAUCUGGAACGUGCACCUCGAGCCAUAUCGCGACGAAGCCCAUUUCAACGAGAUAUACAGCAACCAAUACUCGGCACUCUUUGAAAAGGCCCGACAGUUUCUACAAACCGGAAAGACCACUUCAGCACAUAAUAAACAGCCGUUCAAACCGUUAAUAGUGCUGUCAGCGGGAUUCGACUCGUCGGAAUACGAACUGUUAUCGAUGCAACGACAUCAAGUCAGUGUCCCCACUAGCUUCUUCAACCGAUUCACCAACGAUUCAGUCAAACUAGCCAACGAGUUCACUGACGGCAAAAUCAUCUCCAUGCUCGAAGGAGGCUAUUCCGAUGCCGCUCUCUCGACCGGAAUAUUCAGCCACUUGACCGGAUUGGCCGAAGAGCAAUGGGACAGUAACUGGUGUAACCCGACGGUCGCCAAAACCCUCGCCAAAGGAAGCAAACUCAAAUGGAAACGACCUGCCACCACCUCCACCUCUUCCACCAACAGCCAUCACACGACCUCGCCAACAGCAUCCGAACCGCACUGGCUGAACCCCGGCAUCGAGCUCGGCCGGUCACUGUGGCCGUCACAAAUCAAAGCCCAAGUCCUCGCUGCGACUAAACCGUCUGCCUCGACCACCGGACGCCGCAACCGCAAAUGGGACGACGACUCCACCACCAGCGUGCUCGCCACACCGCUCCGCGUCCUCCGCGACAAAACCCGCAAAUCGGUCCACUAA